UUUUAAAUCUACCAACAAAAACCCCUAUAUUUGUCGGUAUUCAAAGAUAAUGACUAAAACACUAAAGUCAUUGGUAACAUUAGCUUGUCAAAAUAUGAGGUAUCAAUCCGCUGGGUCGUGACCUCCCUGCUUUCCUGCAGUUGAGUAAAUACUGUUUUUGUCAGUUGCUUUCAGUUGUCUUACAACUCUGCAUCCAACAUGGCAUCUUUGCUUGGGGAGCAUCUGUUUGAAAUUAGUGGUCGAGACCCAGGUCCUUCAAAAGAUUUCUUCCAUCUUCUUAUUACCAAAAAUCAGGUAAUAUGGACAACAUGGAUGAUUACUUUGCGACACCCCGGCCGGGGCGCUGCACCCAAAGAGCUGAAGACAUUCCAUCAAGAUUUCCUAGACGAUAAAAUGCUACAGCAACAAGUUGGCGCUGUUUUCGGGCAGAGGAUCCUGGAAUACACAAGAUCACUUUGUCAGGGAAAGUUUGAUUACCUGGAGCGCUUGCCUGACGACAUAUUGCUCCAAAUCCUGUCCUACCUGGAGCUGAAAGAUACAACACAGCUGGCUCAGGUUUCAAAGAGAUUCAGCAAGCUCUGCGACUCUGAGAGGUUUUGGGAGCAGUAUGUGAGGAAUCGCUGUGCUGAGCUCACCAGUGAUAUGGAGGACAUCGCAAAAGUCAGUAGCUGGAAGAUGCUGUAUUUUACCUUUUUCCAAACCCCUGGCAGUGAUGACCAGCAAGGAAGUAAAUGAAUGAUUUUAUUGCUGUCCCAAACAGCGUAUGGAUAGUUGGUAUUACUUUUGUGCUUUGUGAAACAACAGUUAGUGUUUUUAGUGAGCGUUCCUAGGUUUCAAAUUUAUGGUUGAGAUGUGUCAUCUCCAAAAAAAAAAGAAGUGCCAAACUUUCUUCAAAACAAACCAGUAUUUCUAUGUGUUGCAAAUUUCUUUUUAAACUUUGGAUGACACCACCAGUUCUCAAUGGCUACAUGCUAUUACUUGUAAGUUCUGCACGUUGCAGAGAAUAUGUAAUAUUGAUGAUAAAUUAAAUCAACAAACUGUGUAAUACAGCAGCGUCCCAUCGUAUUUCCUGAAUGAUAAACUGG